AUGUUGGAACAACUGCAAUAUUCUGUGGAUGGACCCGGGGGAACUGGAAAAACAUACACAUACCGUGCAUUACUGGUCAAGGUUAGAUCAAGAGGAGGACGUACAGCACAAUCAAGGUUUGAGAUCCCUCCUCUAACAAGUGAAUCAACUAUGACAAACAUGUCAAAGCAAAGUGGUGCUUCCAAAUUGUUUAGAAAAGAAAAAGUGAUUAUAUGGGAUGAAGCACCAAUGGUCAGACAAAAAACAAUAGAAACAGUGCACAGGAGCUUCAGAGACAUAAUGGACAUCGCUAAACCAUUCGGCAGAAAAGUCAUGGUUUUUGGAGGAGAUUUUCGGCAGGUGUUACCAGUAGUUCCAAAAUCAACUCGAGCAGAAAUUGUAAAUGCAAGCUUGGUCAAAUCAUAUCUCAGGCCUUUGAUGAAGAAGAUUCAAUUUACUAGAAACAUGAGAGCAAUAACAGAUCCAACAUUCAGUGACUUCUUACAUUGA